CGCGAAGACAUUUUAGCUGCCACGAAUCCCGCCAUUCUUUCUCCUUCCAACUCUUCUCCAUCUUCCAAACCACUCCUCUUCGUCUGUCUUGCCCUAUUUCCUGACUCCCGGAAGGUCUUCGAAGUGUAGAUCGCUAGCCAUCGUACAAUUCAUCAGCCGUUGUGAUACCCAACCCAGAUACCCACAACAUGGCUGAGACAUUCGAGUUCCAGGCUGAGAUUUCUCAGCUGCUCUCGCUGAUCAUCAACACCGUCUACUCGAACAAGGAGAUUUUCUUGCGGGAGCUUGUUUCGAACGCCUCUGAUGCGCUCGACAAGAUCCGCUAUGAGGCCUUGUCCGAUCCCAGCAAGCUGGACACGGGCAAGGACCUCCGCAUCGACAUCAUUCCGGACAAGGAGAACAAGACCCUCACCAUCCGGGAUACCGGUAUCGGCAUGACCAAGGCUGACCUGGUCAACAACCUUGGUACCAUUGCCCGCUCUGGCACCAAGCAGUUCAUGGAGGCGCUGUCCGCUGGUGCCGACGUCUCCAUGAUCGGCCAGUUCGGUGUCGGUUUCUACUCCGCUUAUCUCGUUGCCGACAAGGUCACUGUCGUCUCCAAGAACAACGAUGACGAGCAGUACAUCUGGGAGUCGAGCGCCGGUGGCACCUUCAACAUCAUCCCCGACACCGACGGCGAGCCGCUUGGCCGCGGCACCAAGAUCAUCCUGCACCUCAAGGACGAGCAGACCGACUACCUCAAUGAGAGCCGCAUCAAGGAGGUGAUCAAGAAGCACUCCGAGUUCAUCUCGUACCCGAUCUACCUCCACGUCAAGAAGGAGACCGAGAAGGAGGUUCCCGACGAGGAGGCCGAGACGGUCGAGGAGGGUGAGGACAAGAAGCCCAAGAUCGAGGAGGUUGAUGAGGAGGAGGAGAACAAGGAGAAGAAGCCCAAGACCAAGAAGGUCAAGGAGACCAAGAUCGAGGAGGAGGAGCUCAACAAGCAGAAGCCCAUCUGGACCCGCAACCCCCAGGACAUCACCCAGGAGGAGUACGCCUCCUUCUACAAGUCGCUGUCCAACGACUGGGAGGACCACCUCGCCGUCAAGCACUUCUCGGUCGAGGGUCAGCUGGAGUUCCGUGCCAUCCUCUUCGUGCCCAAGCGCGCUCCCUUCGAUCUCUUCGAGACGAAGAAGACCAAGAACAACAUCAAGCUCUACGUCCGCCGCGUCUUCAUCACCGACGAUGCCACCGACCUCAUCCCCGAGUGGCUCGGCUUCAUCAAGGGCGUCGUUGACUCUGAGGACCUGCCCCUCAACCUGUCUCGUGAGACCCUUCAGCAGAACAAGAUCAUGAAGGUGAUCAAGAAGAACAUCGUCAAGAAGUCUCUUGAGCUCUUCAACGAGAUCGCCGAGGACAAGGAGCAGUUCGACAAGUUCUACGGCGCCUUCUCCAAGAACAUCAAGCUCGGCAUCCACGAGGACUCUCAGAACCGCGCCGCCCUCGCCAAGCUCCUGCGCUUCCACUCGACCAAGUCUGGCGACGAGCAGACCUCGCUCGCCGACUACGUCACUCGCAUGCCCGAGCACCAGAAGAACAUGUACUACAUCACUGGCGAGUCGAUCAAGGCCGUUGCCAAGUCUCCCUUCCUUGACUCUCUUAAGGAGAAGGGCUUCGAGGUUCUGUUCCUGGUCGACCCCAUCGAUGAGUACGCCAUGACCCAGCUGAAGGAGUUCGAGGGCAAGAAGCUCGUUGAUAUCACCAAGGACUUCGAGCUCGAGGAGACCGAGGAGGAGAAGAAGCAGCGCGAGGCCGAGGAGAAGGAGUACGAGGGUCUCGCCAAGUCGCUCAAGAACGUUCUCGGCGACAAGGUCGAGAAGGUCGUCGUCUCCCACAAGCUGGUGGGAUCUCCUUGCGCCAUCCGUACCGGCCAGUUCGGUUGGUCUGCCAACAUGGAGCGUAUCAUGAAGGCCCAGGCCCUUCGUGACACCUCGAUGAGCAGCUACAUGUCGUCCAAGAAGACGUUCGAGAUCUCGCCCAAGAGCCCCAUCAUCAAGGAGCUCAAGAAGAAGGUCGAGGCCGACGGUGAGAACGACAAGACCGUCAAGUCGAUUGUCCAGCUGCUGUUCGAGACCUCUCUGCUGGUCUCGGGCUUCACCAUCGAGGAGCCUGCUGGCUUUGCUGAGCGCAUCCACAAGCUUGUCUCGCUCGGCCUGAACCUGGACGAGGAGCCCGAGGCUGCCGAGGACGCGCCUGCCGCUGAUGCCGGCGCGGCUGCCGCCGAGACGGGCGACAGCGCCAUGGAGGAGGUUGACUAAAUGAUGACAUGACUGGGAAUGGAAAACCGGAUUGGGAAUCGGAGUUAAGCGGUCUUCCUUUUUUUAUGGCACUUUAGUUACCCAUCUGCAUCGUCGCUUCCUCGGCCUCGCCUAUUUCCCUUGCGGCUUUGUUGCUCUGUAACUUUAGUCUAGGACUGGGGUGACCAUGAUCUUGACGUAGACACAAUUACAUCGGGUAGAUGGAAUGAGCGUCUGAUUUUACGCUCCCUUCUGAGGGUUUGAUCGUGCAUGCUAGGUGAGGCCCGCUAGUGUUUGAACUCAACCAGCCAGUUGCUGCCGUCAGUAUGGAGAUCAGACUCUCUGAGAUGUGCCGGCCGGCCCAGCGCCCUUCAAACCCUAUGUAUGAUACAACUGGAAUUGGUGAGGAAUGUAGCCAGUGUUGUUGGGGUGAGAGGUUUGGAAUUGCCGUUAACGGUGGAGCUUUCGUUUAGAUCAACCAACAGCUGCUGCACCUCUUGCCAUGUCUUGGGAGGAGAUUCCGCUUCCCGCUCAUAAUUCACCUUUGACGAGUUCUGAAUGUAAAUCGACUCGAGAACACAAGUCCUCGCCAGCUUGGGCAAACAGAACCGGAGUGGAAGUAUAUG